UUUGUUUCAGUACUUGCACUUCAUAAAUAAACGAAUUAAUAGGAAUUACUUCCGGAUAAGUGCUGCAUUUUUCUUAAAAUUGUUAGUGUUCGUCAGUGUCUGUUUCUCAUUGACUGAAUGAAAUGAAAAGCUCGUUCGGUUCUGCUAAGAAAAAGAAGGGAGGUGAUGUCUGUCUGUCUAUUGUUCAUCAGAGGUAACAGACGCGUGUGCGUGUGUGCGCGCGCGCGCCCGAGGGUGUGAACACUCAUCCCGGGACAAAGACAGCGAUGCUGAGAUCGAGUCUGUAAUGAAAGAUCAUUGAGUGACCUGUUAUUAACAAGAAGAAGAUCUGUCAGGUUUAGUGUUUUAUUUUUGUAAUGAUGAUGAUGAUGAAUAUAGUGAUGUAUAUCAUGAGUGUGCUCGCGUUAUGGGAGUCAGCGGGCGGCACGCGGAGCUGUGAAGAGUCACGCCGGGUGUACGGAGAGAAACACAAACUGAACACAGCCCCACACACACACAUCAGCGGAGAACAUCUGCGUGUCUGCUCACAGGACUACACCUGCUGCUCCAGCUUGAUGGAGGACACGCUAGCAAAUCAGAGCGAGGCUAACUUCCUGUCGGCGGUGCAGGACAACACCCACUUCCUGCUGACAACCUUUAACCAGAGACACAAGAAAUUUGAUGAGUUUUUUAGGGAGCUGAUGGAUGUGGCAGAAAAAUCAAUGGAUCAGAUGUUCACACAGACUUACAGGCAUCUGUACACGCAGAAUGCGCAGAUGUUUCGCCAGCUGUUUGCAGAUCUGCGCAGCUACUACACAGGUGGCCGUGUGAAUCUGGCUGAGGUUCUGGCUGAUUUCUGGGCAGGACUAGUAGAGCGCAUGUUUACUCUGGUUAACCCUCAUUAUCAGUUCACUGAGGACUACCUAGAAUGUGUCAGCAAGCAUACCGAUCAGCUGCAGGCUUUUGGAGAUAUACCUCAUAAACUACGUAUACAGGUGUCUAGAGCAUUAAUUGCGGUGCGGGCGUUAAUUCAGGGUUUAGGUGCAGGCAGAGAUAUAGUGAGCAAAGCAACAAGGCUGAACGUAGGAGUGGAGUGUGUCCGGGCUUUAAUGCGUCAGUGGUAUUGUCCGCUGUGCCGUGGAGUUCCCGCCCUCAAGCCCUGUCAUUCGCUGUGUCUCAAUGUCAUGAAGGGUUGUCUGGCCAAUCAGGCUGACUUAGACUCGGAAUGGAACAAUUUCAUUGACGCCCUUAUGGUGGUGCUGGAGAAAGUUGGUGGGCCGUUUAAUUUCGAGUUGGCUACAGAUUCAGUCGCAGUCAAGGUGUCUGAAGCAAUAAUGCACAUGCAAGAGAACAGCGUUACUACUUCUGCCAAGGUUUUUCAGGGCUGUGGGAAUCCACGUCCGACCCCUGGCAGAAACAAACGCUCGAGAGAGAGAGAGCGCGAGCGACCUUUCAGAACCUACAAACCAGAAGAAAAACCAACCACUGCUGCAGGGACCAAUCUGGACAGACUGGUGGAGGAGUUACAAGAGCGUCUUCGGCGCAUAAGGGGAUUCUGGGUAGCGCUGCCUCACACCAUAUGUAACGAUGAAAAGAUGGCCGCCGAUGUGACCAACGAGGAUCGCUGCUGGAACGGACAGACUCGCGGCAGGUAUCACCAAUCGGUUAUGGGAGAUGGUUUGGUCAAUCAGAUUAACAAUCCUGAGGUGGAAGUAGAUGUCGCUCGACCGAACGUUAAAACACGACAGUUAAUCAUGGAGCUACGAGUGGCCACAAACAGACUGAGACAGGCGCAGAAUGGACGAGAUGCUGACUUCAUAGAUAGUGACGCAGAGGGUUCAAGUGCUUCUGGAAUCGGUGAUGAAGUUGACGAGAGAUUCAGUGAUGAUUGGUCGGGUUACAUCUCGUUCUCGCCGCCUCUGAACAGUGUACCUGUUAACAAACAACCCCGCCCACGUGAUAGAGGCCGCCCCCGGGACACGCCCACCAACAAAAGAAACAGGGUGAACGGUCGAGUUCGCUCAGAUGGUGGACGACUCUUUCCUGCUCUCCUCCUCUCUCUUUCUUUAUGUUUAUCACUUAGCCUAUUUCAGUCUCUUGGCCUUUAUUAAAGUUAAACAACAACAACUAACCAAACUAAACUAGUGGCUAUAAACAGAUCAGUCAGCCACCAAACCACCUCAAGUGAAUUAGUUUUUAUAGAUUUUGUAAAUGUUUGUAUUUGUACUCAUUGAUUUGUUUCUAACCAGGUGAUUUAAUAUACCUAAUAUCUCUGUUGAUCUGAGACGUUUCUGUGCUUGAUAUAUUUUUGUGAGGGGUGUUUGUUUUAUUUAUUGAUGAUGUGAUAUUUAUUGUAUUGAAUGUGAUGAGAAUUUAAGUUUAUUUAAAAGUUGAUGAUUGUUUUGCUUUAUAUAUACAGUGUCUUUUUACGUGUGAACUUUGUAGAGCACAAUCAAAUUUGUACAAUUUGUUUCAUUCAAGUUUACAAAUAGAAUAAUUACAUAGGCAAGACUGUCUUUUUUACAAUGCAAAAAUAUUCAUAUUAAUAUGUGUAUACACACACACACACACACACACACACACACACACACACACACACACACACACACACACACACACACACACACACACACACACACACACACACACACACACACACACACACACACACACACACACACACACACACACACACAUUCUGGUUUCCAUGUUUUGUGGGGACAUUCCAU